AGGAAGUGUUUUAAGACUUAUUGUUUAUAGUGUGUGCUAGUAGUUUGAGUUCCCUCGGUGUCAGAAUGCUGUCCUUGGUGGACCAUCUCCUGGUGACCUUAAACUUGGAAAACACAACUUUUCGUGUCUAUGCUGUCACUGCGUUGCUUCUUCUCGUCCUCCUCAUAAUUAUUCGCACAGUGAUCAAGGCAGUGUUCUAUAUUCAUGACUACGCACUCAAUGCACAACGCCUGCGUUGUUUUCCGGAGCCUCCGAGACGCAGCUGGCUUUUAGGACAUUUGGGAUUGAUCAGGAAUACUGAAGAAGGAUUGUUGGUGGUGGACAGUUUGGUGAAGAAUAACAUCUAUGCCUGCUCCUGGUGGUUUAGUCCUUUUUAUCCAAUCGUGAGGCUCUUCCACCCGAAUAGCAUUAAACCAGUGCUUCAGGUGGCAGCUGCCAUUGCACCUAAAGAUGAAUUGUUUUACGGCUUUCUGAGACCCUGGUUGGGAGAUGGCCUUUUACUCAGUCGAGGUGAAAAAUGGGGUCAACAUCGCCGACUGCUAACCCCUGCUUUUCACUUUGAUAUCCUGAAACAGUAUGUGCAGAUCUUCAACCAGAGCACGGACAUCUUACAUGCCAAGUGGCGAAGGUUAGCAGCAGAUGGCGCGGUGUCAUUGGACAUGUUUGAACACAUCAGUCUAAUGACCUUGGACACACUUUUGAAAUGUACCUUCAGUUAUGACAGCGACUGCCAAGAGAAGCCAAGUGACUAUAUUGCUGCAAUUUAUGAGCUGAGUUCCCUGGUGGUAAAACGUGAACAUUGUCUGCCCCAUCACAUUGACCUCAUAUACUACUUCUCGUCUGAUGGAAGGAAGUUCCGACGCGCUUGCAAGAUUGUGCAUGAUUUCACUGCAGGAGUGGUUAAACAGAGGAAGAAAGCCUUGCAAGAGAAGGGUGUUGCAGACUUUAUUAAGUCCAAACAAGGGAAAACCAAAGACUUCAUUGACAUUUUAUUGUUGUCAAAGGAUGAAGAUGGAAACCAGUUAUCUGAAGAGGAAAUGAGAGAUGAAGUAGAUACAUUUAUGUUUGAAGGACAUGACACCACAGCCAGUGGAUUAUCUUGGAUACUGUACAAUUUGGCAUGUCACCCUGAAUACCAAGAUAAAUGCAGAGAGGAGAUUAGACAGUUAGUCCAUGGGAAAGACUCUGAGCACCUGAACUGGGAUGACCUCUCUCAGAUUCCUUUCACCACCAUGUGCAUCAAGGAGAGCCUUAGACUUCACCCUCCUGUUACAGCUGUGUCCAGGUCCUGUACUGAAGACAUCAAACUACCAGAUGGCAAAGUUAUUCCAAAAGGAAACACCUGUCUUAUAAGUAUUUACGGAACCCACCAUAACCCAGUAGUUUGGCCCAAUCCUGAGGUUUAUGACCCAUACCGCUUUGAUCAAGAGAACUCCCAGGAGAGAUCUUCCCAUGCAUUUGUACCUUUCUCAGCCGGACCCAGGAACUGCAUUGGGCAGAACUUUGCCAUGGCCGAGAUGAAAGUUAUGACCGCUCUUACACUGCUGAGAUUCAAGGUGACCCUGGACGAGACCAAGAUCGUGCGCAGGAAGCCUGAGUUAAUCCUACGUGCCGAAGAUGGACUGUGGCUGAAAGUAGAGAAACUGUAAUUAAGCUGUUGCUAAUAAACUUUCUUUCAGAAUGAAAACAA